AUGCCGGACCCCUCGGAUGCCGCAAUCAGCCACAAAGACGCGACUGCAGAGGGUGAGACAAAAAAUGAGACCGUGGUAGAAGAGCCGCCAUCACUCCUGGAUGGCACAGCGGGCAGUGAAAUCAUCAUAUUCUUAGUAGGUUCUGACGAAAAGCGCUACGCCGUUCAUAGGGCUCUUCUCUGCUACUACUCACCUUACUUUACGGCGGCAUUAAAUGACUGCUCCAACAACGAAGGUAUCCCCCCUGCCUCAAGUGGUGGGCCUGACGAAUCCCACGAUUACUGCAUGACGGGGCUCUUCAUAUUUGCUGAGUUCUAUAAUGUCCCCCAGCUUAGAAAGGAAGUGGUCGAUCAGUUCUACUUCGAAUAUGCGUGCAGCGGUGUCUCGAUACUACCCGACUAUCAGACAAUCAUCCAAGCUUUUAGUAGCCUCCCGGACACCUCCCCGUUCUGCCGCUUUUUGGUGCGCAUCUACGCAGUCAGAUGGGACGUUAGCUAUGACGAGGAUGACGAUGAAGCUGUCGACAACCGGGGCCAGCUACCAAAAGAGUUUUUGGGUGACCUGAUGGUAGAGGUUGGCAAAGUCCGGAAGGAUCAGAGAAAGUUUGGUAAAGCACCAGCUAUGCCGGAAGUAUGCGAGUAUCACGAGCACAGUACAAAAGAAGAGAAAACGUCUUGCCGGAGAACACAGCGAAUCGAGAAUGCUGCCAAGAAGGCGGCAAAAGAGGCUCGAACCAGAGAAGAAAUGAUCGUGGAUCGAGAGCUUCGGCAUGAAGAACUCCGUUUGCAGGAAAGGCUCAAGAGGAAGAGGACGUAA